UCUCUUACACGUAAUCUAAUUAAAAAUUUGCCACAAACACAUUAUUUAUUCUUUAUAAGCCUAAUUCAAACACUUGCCUAAGUUGCCUUCAUCAUAUUCAUAUAUAAAAUAAAUACACCACAAAUUCCUCUCUCAAUUCACUUUAGCCUCAAAACUUCAUUCUUUCUACAAUAACAGAUAAAUUUAUAUUCCUUUAAAAACAACUCUUCUUGGGUCUAUCAAAUCUCUAUGCAGUUAGUGCUUUAGCAGAUAGCACUUUGGAAUUGCUUCAUUUUUACUUCUUUUUGUUCUUUCUGCUUUUGCAGAAAAUAUUCUCUCCAAUUGUUGUGUUAAACCAACAUCCUUAAUUUAUGUAAUUUUUUCUUAUUCCUUUGUUUCACAUGUAUGACCAAGUCAUUGUGAAAAUUCAUUCAUUUUUGUGAAAAGUUCUAAUAAAUGCUCAAAAAUUUAUUUUGUUUGGAAGCUUCUAAGGCUAAUUCCUUGUUUUGAAGCACCUUGUGACAUAUCAAAAUUUUCUUGCAAUAAAUAAGACCCCAAAACAAAAGAUCCCAAUUUUCUUCUACAUUCAGUGUGAGAGACAGAGAGAGAAAAAGGGUCAAUGGUAAGUAGUUUAGUUAUUUAAACAAAGCUUUGCAGUGUUCAAAAAAUUGAAGGGGUGCAAAAAGAAGAAGAAAGAAAAAAAUGUCUAAAAAGGGUUUGACAUCAAUGAAGGAUGAAAAUCAGGAAUUGCAGAAGCAAAUUGGAUGCAUCAGUGGGUUUUUUCAGCUGUUUGAACGCCACAGGUUCCUCACAGGCCAAAGCAACAGUCACAAUUUACCAAAUAAAGGGGGAACAAGUAAUAACAUCAAAGAGUUGAAUAAUUCAAUACAAAAGGCAAAGGCAAAGAAUUUGAAAGUUGCAAGAGAGAAUCAACAAUCCUCCACAGAAUCAUCAUCAGGAACUUCGAUGUCUUCAUCGUCUUGUUCAUCAAGCAUGUCAUCCCUCGAGUUUAACAGAACAAUACAGAUAGAACCACCAUCAAUAAGUCCAAUGAAAAUCACAGAAAACUCGACUUCCGAAGCAGUAGUGAAGCAACUUGGCAACCAAAGACGUCAGUCCCUUGAUUUCCAAGAUAUUGUCAAAGACUCAAUGCGAGUAGAUGCACAAAGGUUAUCAGUAAAAACUCUGGCUAAAGAAGAAAAGAAGGGUCGAAUCUUGAAACACAUCGAUUCUCCGCGGCCUAUGACUGCUUGGGAUUCACCAAGACUUUCCUAUGAUGGUACAUUCAAAUCUACAACAAAACAUAAGGAACUCCCAAGGCUUUCCUUGGACAGCAAGGAGCGAUCCAUCAAAAGUUUCAAUGAAGGAAUGAAAACUCGAAACCUUUCGAAGAGUCCACAUAAAGUGUGUGGAGGCUCAAACACAAUGGUAAAGCAGAUGGAAGAACAAGAAACUCCUAAAAGAACAUCUAGUGUUGUGGCAAAGUUGAUGGGAAUAGAAGCAUUUCCAGAUUGGACCGAAAAUUGUGAUACCUGCAACACGAACAAAGUUGAGACAUUUGCAGGAUCUAGAAUGAGUGAUGAAUACACGCAUCAACAAGAUUCAACAUUCCAAAGGACAAGCCAAGGUUCGCAAUUACAGACUUCCAUGAGUAGUGAAUCUUCAAAAAAAGUAUCGAACAGAUCCCUCUCGGUUUACGGGGAAAUCGAGAAAAGGAUGGCAAAUUUAGAGUUCGAAAAAUCCGGAAAGGAUCUAAGAGCCCUUAAACAGAUUCUUGAAGCAAUGCAUCGGUACAAAGAAUCAUUAGAUACUACAAGUGAUCAAGCUUCAAAUUCUCCAUAUGACAAUAGGAGUAAUAGUAGUGUCAGUGAAAGCUUGAAUGUACAAAGCCCAAGAACACGGCAGAAGAACGCGACAUCUGUCAGUGUUGAGAGGUCUAAUUCAACUCAAGGUAGUAAAUCUCCAAUUAUAAUCAUGAAACCAGCAAAGGUAGCAAGAAAAACCAAUAAUUCUUGUUCCACAGAAAUGUCGAAUCAUGGUAAAUCAUCAGGUAGCAAGAUUUAUCGCAGUGAUCCGACCGACGGAACGUUGGUGGACAAGCUUGACAGGCAAACAACAAAAGGUAGUCCAGCAAUCAAACAUGUGAAAGAUCCCAUUAGUCAACCGUUAUACUCAGUGGAUAAAAGCAAAAAGAUGAGAACUUCAAAAUUGAUGCAAUCCUCAAAAGUUCCUCAAGUCAUCAAUAGAGAAAACAACACCAACUCUAGCAUUAUGGCAGAGACCAAGAGUCCAAGACUACAAAAGAAGUUCGGUUACGAGAGGCGUUCCCCGCCAACCAGCCCAUCAUCAGAUUUCAGUAGUAACAGAAGACAACAAAAUAAGCAAUCAACAGAAUUGUCUUCCCCAAAUACAACAUCUAAACAAAAAUUCUCUACUUUGCAGGAAAGAAAUGAAAAUUUCAAUAGUAACUAUAUUCAACUAAAAGGCCUCAAUGAAAACAAUGUAGAAAAAGACUUUAGCAAGGAAAUCUUUAUGGUUGAAACAAUAGUUACUGCAGAACAACCUAGUCCUGUUUCAGUUCUUGAUGCUACAUUCUACAGAGAAGACCCGCCUUCUCCGGUUAAAAGGAAAUCAGACAUCUCAAAAGAUUUAGACGAAGUUCUGAACACUUAUGAUAGUAGUGAGGAGAAUUCAGAAGAUCUUGUUCUUUCAUCCAACACAAAAGUCAACUUCAGCAAUGGAACCAGUGAUAUUGACUUGAAAACUCACAAUUUGGUUCAAAUUCUUCAACAAUUUGAAGAAGGUGAUGAUGAAAGAUUCAAUAAAGAUCCUGACCACAAAUAUAUAUCAGAAAUACUACUAGCAUCGGGGCUACUCACCAGUACGAGCUCUAUCCAAGCAUUGCAUUCAUCGGGUUAUCUGAUAAAUCCAAUGAUGUUCCUUGUACUAGAGGAAAUCAAGAAAAACAAGAUGCAUUUCAACAUCGCUAAGAUGAAUAAUAAUGAGAAAAAUCAAAGAAAGCUCAUAUUCGACGUCGUUAACGAAAUUCUAGUUCAAAAGCUAAUGUUGGAGAGUUCUUGCCAGCCAUAUCGGCCAGAAGGAAGAAAACCAGAAGGACAACAGGUUUUGGAUAUGCUUUGUACAGAAAUUGAUAAGUUACAACAUAAAAAUUUCAGCUUGGCUAAUGAGGAUGAGAAUUUGACAACUAUCUUAUGCGAAGAUUUGGCGCAGCACUCCACAAUUAAAGAUUGCUACAAAGAGAUGCCGAAUAUCGUGUUGGAUAUUGAACGGUUGAUCUUCAAAGAUUUGAUAACUGAAGUUGUGAGAACUGAGAAGUGAAAGUAACUAACCAUUCUGGUGAGUAUUGCAGGAGGAAACUGCAGUUACCAAGUAGGAAUUCCAACUAAGCAGGUUUAAUCUGUCAACUUACUUUUCUAUGAAUACUUACUACUACGAAGGCUUAAUAUGCUCAUAAAUUAACAUUCUAAACUUUAUUUCCACUAUAAACUCAAAUGUUUUUGUCUAUCAUUAUCUUUCCUGCAUGUAUUUGAAGUAUAUGUUGAUAAAAUACAUGUAGAGAUGCAUACAAAUGUAUAUAUCAGUGACAAUCUUUUUAUGCUCAAUAAACAAAUACGUCUUAUAUUUUAUCA